UUUAGCUGUUAAUUUUAGAUAAUCCAGAUUUUUUGAUCAGAAAAAAAUACUGCUUACUAACUGUCCAUUUUGACCAAGUCCGCCAUUGAAUUCGGGACUUUUUUUGAAGUUCUCAAAAAAGACAACAAGAUGCCGGGAGUCACAGUCAAGGACUUGGACCAGCACGUUGUGACCAAAGCUUUGGCAUCUUUCCUAAAAAAAUCGGGAAAAGUUGUGGUGCCCGUUCAGGCCGAGUUCAUCAAGACGGGCAAGUUCAAGGAGACCGCUCCCACUGAGGCCGAUUGGUUCUUCACACGCUGCGCCUCCAUCAUGCGCCACCUUUACAUACGCAGCCCAUCUGGAGUGGCUGCCUUUACCAAGGUCUACGGCGGGCGCAAGCGCAACGGGACACAUCCGUCGCACUACUGCCGCUCCUCGGAUGGUUGCAUCCGCAAGGCUCUCCAAGCUUUGGAGGCAGCUCGCAUGGUGGAGAAGCAUCCUGACGGGGGACGCAAGCUUACCUCGAAGGGCCAACGCGACAUGGACCGCAUUGCCAACCAGAUUGUGGUCAAGCAGCGCAACGCCAACAAGGAGGCCUUAACUUAAAUGGCGCCGAAAAGAAGUUUAGUACUUUUCAAAAGGCUGAAAAAAGAUGAGUAUAAAACAUACGCUGGAUUGAUAGACACACUUUUCAAACACACUAAAUACGAUGUGUUUUUUGAAUGAUAAAACUCGCAUAACUGGGAUUACUAAGCUCAAAAAACGACGAGCUUAUGAACUUGCAAGUGGAAGACAAAGAAAAAAACGAAUAUAAAUAGUUUUAAGACUCACUUAUGGGAAAUGUACUUAAUUCGAUACAUUUUUCACAGCAGCAUGCAUAGGAUACGAUACGUGGAACACGUUAAAAUUACGAUACGAUACUGAAACUUACGAUAAUUAUACGAUACGAUAUAUGCUCUCUAAAACAUGACAACAAUACGAUACGAUACGAAUCAUUUGCCUGAAUAAUAUCAAAACUACACUAAAAUGCUGAAAAAACUAUGAACAGAAAAAGCAUAAGACACAAUGCGUUAUACAUCCUUAUAUUGUAUAAUGAAUACAAUACGAUAUACGCUCUCUAAAACAUAAUAAUACGAUACGAAUCUUUUGCCUGAAUAAUAUUCAAACCACCACAAAGACCUAAAAUACACUUUAAUAUAAUCAUUAUAUGACAAACACAAAUCCAAACGAGGGAAUACGUUUUAUAUCCUUAUAUUGUAUGUUAAAUGAAAUAAAAACAUUAAAUACGCAGCAUUAAAA